UUUUUUCCUUCACCCCGGAUCAUCUUGACAGACUGCCAGCCAAUCUGCUCAUAGAAUACAUAUAUACAUACUCCAUACUACGUAUUACAUACAUACAUCACCGCCAUUGAGCCGACCAAAAUGAUCACCGAUUUCUUGUUGACGCCGUGGACGCCAGUGGUCCUGCUACUGCUCUACUACAUCGUCCCCUACCUGGCCCGCUCCCAUUACCUCGAUAUCCCCGGUCCCUUUCUCGCUAAAUUCUCCAAUUUCUGGCUGCUCUAUCAGGCCCGUCGAGGUCGUCGCUACCAGACUGUCCACGAAUUGCACAAGAAGCACGGCAAAUUCGUUCGCAUCCAACCAAACCAUGUCUCUGUGGCAGAUGACAAUGCUGUUCAGGAAAUCUAUGGCCACGGCAAUGGUUUUCUGAAGGCCGAGUUCUACGAUAGCUUCGUGUCUAUCCGUCGAGGUCUCUUCAAUACCCGUGAUCGUGCUGAGCACACCCGCAAGCGCAAGACUGUCUCUCACACUUUCAGCGUCAAGUCCAUCGGCCAGUUCGAACAGUAUAUCCAUGCCAACCUGGAGCUGUUUGUCAAGCAAUGGGAUCGCAUUGAUACCAAGGACAAGAAUCCCCGUACUGGCUACUCAAGCAUUGAUGCUUUGAACUGGUUCAAUUACCUGGCUUUCGAUGUCAUCGGUGAUCUGGCAUUUGGUGCUCCCUUUGGUAUGCUGGAGAAAGGCAAGGAUAUCGCUGAAGUCAGGGCUAAUCCCGAUGCCCCCGUCAAGUACGCCCCCGCCGUCGAGGUCUUGAACCGCCGUGGUGAGGUUUCCGCGACUCUGGGAUGCUAUCCCGCCCUGAAGAACUUCGCGAAGUACCUGCCUGACCGCUUCUUCCGUGAGGGUCUCGAAGCUGUCGAGGAUCUUGCCGGUAUUGCUGUCGCCCGUGUCAGUGAGCGUUUGAAGCCAGAGGUCAUGGAGAAGAACACCCGUGUAGACUUGCUUGCGCGUCUAAUGGAGGGUCGUGAUGAGACUGGUGCCAAGCUCGGUCGUGAAGAGCUCACUGCUGAGGCCCUCACUCAGCUUAUUGCUGGCUCCGACACCACUUCUAAUACUUCUUGUGCUAUCCUCUACUGGGUCCUGAGAACCCCUGGGGUCAUAGAGAAGCUGCAGACAGCCCUUGAUGAGGCUCUCGGCCCUGACGUUACCGUUCCUUCUUUUGCCCAGGUCAAGGAAAUCCCUUAUUUGCAAUGGGUCAUCAAUGAGACGAUGCGUAUUCACAGCACCUCCGCUCUUGGUCUUCCUCGUGAGAUCCCUCCCAACUUCCCUCCGAUCAACAUUGCUGGUCACGUCUUCAAGCCUGGCGAUGUCCUCUCCGUUCCCACGUACACGGUCCACCACUCCACUGAGAUCUGGGGCCCUGAUGCUGAGGCUUUCGUUCCCGAGCGAUGGGACCCUAAGCGCCUGACUGCCCGCCAGAAGGCUGCAUUUAUCCCCUUCAGUGUUGGUCCCCGUGCCUGUGUCGGCCGUAACAUCGCCGAGAUGGAGCUCCUCACCACCAUGGGUACUGUCUUCCACCGCUACGAGUUCCAACUCGAGCAGGACCACCCCAUGGAGACUAGAGAAGGUUUCCUGCGCAAGCCCCUCGGCCUACGGGUUGGUAUGAGACAGCGACAGAUUAAUUAAACGAAAGAGAGAGAGAGAAAACCCUUAUAUUAGUUGGCGUCGGAUUCCCAGAUCGAGGAGUACUCGGAGCACCGGUCCAGUUCCCAGGAGAUUCCGAGACGGAUAGAGAGGCGGGACUUUUGGGUCGCCUUGUUAUAUACGGUCACUUGACCGUUCUUGUCUGCUGGGAGAUUUGCCUCGUUUCAUGGAGGACCUGGCAUAA